AUGUAUGUAUACACACAAACAAGAAAACACAGAGAGAGAGCAGAGAAGAAGAAAAAAAAUUCCUAAGAUUCUUGUAGUAUAAACUUUAGAGCGUAUUUCUCGUGAGUAGUCCCAAAAAAAUGCUUUAUAGAGUGGCACCCCUACUACCUAUGCAAAACCCACCUGCUGUCUGAACACACCCACCUGGGACCAGCCCCCCUUUUCCUUCUUCUUAUUAGAAAAAACCCCAUUUUCUUGAUUUUGAGAAAGGAAAGUUUUCUUGAAAAUCAAGAUUUUUUGGGGGGAAAUGAUGUGGGAAGGUGGAGGGUCGCCGGCGGCGGCGGGAGGCGGCGGAGGUGAAGGUGGUGGAGCAAUGGGGAGUGGUGGUAGUAGUGGGAGGAGGAAGCCAUCGUGGAGGGAAAGGGAGAAUAAUAGGAGGAGAGAAAGGAGGAGAAGGGCAAUAGCAGCUAAGAUUUAUAGUGGAUUAAGAGCACAAGGGAAUUAUAAUCUUCCUAAACACUGUGAUAAUAAUGAGGUUCUUAAGGCUCUUUGUGUUGAAGCUGGAUGGAUUGUUGAACCUGAUGGCACUACUUAUAGAAAGGGAUGCAGGCCAACUCCAAUGGAGAUUGGAGGCACUUCGGCCAACAUUACGCCAAGUUCUUCAAGAAAUCCAAGUCCCCCAUCUUCAUACUUUGCUAGCCCAAUUCCAUCUUAUCAACCCAGUCCAACAUCCUCGUCUUUCCCCAGUCCAUCACGUGGUGAUGCUAACAUGUCGUCACAUGCAUUUGCAUUCCUCCAUAAUUCCAUCCCUUUGUCGCUACCACCAUUACGAAUAUCAAACAGUGCCCCUGUAACACCACCUCUUUCAUCACCAACUAGAGUUCCUAAGCAGAUAUUUAAUCUUGAAACUUUGGCCAGAGAGUCGAUGUCUGCUUUAAAUAUCCCUUUCUUUGCUGCUUCAGCCCCUACUAGCCCAACUCGAGGUCAGCGAUUCACUCCUGCUACAAUACCAGAGUGUGAUGAAUCUGAUACAUCCACCAUUGAUUCUGGCCAGUGGAUGAGCUUUCAAAAGUAUGCAGCCAAUGGGAUCCCUACUUCUCCAACUUUCAAUCUUAUUAAACCUGUGGCUCAGAGAAUUCCUUCUAAUGAUAUGAUCAUCGACAAGGGUAAGGGCAUUGAGUUUGACUUUGAGAAUGUAUCAGUGAAGGCAGCAUGGGAAGGAGAAAAGAUUCAUGAGGUUGGUUUAGAGGAUCUGGAGCUCACACUCGGAAGUGGGAGUGCUCGGAUGUGAUUUUCUUGAUUAAAAGAACUGCGUCGCGUGGAUCACAGAUUGAGAUUAUCUGAGUUUGCUAGCUGAUGAAUCACUCAAGUAGUUCAGUGGAUGUUCGUAUAUCGUCUGCAAUUUCUGUUACAUAGAUGAGAUCUUGCAUGUUGCUGUUUACCUUAUAUACAAACAUUUUUUUCCUUUUCCUUUAAUCUGAGGAGGCCCUUUAAGUUAGUUUGGGUCUUGUCUUAAGCAUUUAGGUGUAGAUAGUUGUUGAUUUCUAUCUCCUUGUGGUUGAGAAUUGUUUUAAAGUCAUUGUAGACUAGCCGUUCUCCAAAAACCCUUUGUUACUGUGCAACUGGAUUUCUUCUUUUAUCAUCUAGCUUCAAUUUGAAAUCAAUGGAUGUGCUAUUCUUUAGUCUCUUUGAA